CGCAUGCAGGAGACCAAUAUUCCCGAGGGCAAGCACCUUGAUCAAUAUGGUGCAAAUGGGCACUGCUAUGUGAUGUGCAGAAUCUUGUAUAUAUAGAGGCUGGUGUUCUUGUCCAGAAUAUUCUCAUCUCAUCCUCACUAUCAAUCUUCCCAUCGAGGACCAGUUCCAUUCGUUUCCAAAACCCAAUUCAUUCACUCACUUAAUACAUUCGCUCAACAAGCAAAAAACCUACCUAAUCAUGCGUUUCUCUACCGGUCUGCUCCUGGCUGCGGCCUCGAGCGUCAUGGGUCAGCGGUUCACCAACUCCAGUAUGCCUGCUACUGAGUCCGCUACCACUACAACCGGCGCUGCUCCCACCGGCUCUGCUGUAGCUGCUAAGCCUGUCGAUCUCGGCAGUGCUAAACUGGGACCCGGAGCCUCGUUCGUCACUCGUGCUGAUGGAACCAUCGCUGUUGCCCUGGUCGGUGAUGCUUCUUUCGAUAUUGGCAUCCCCGACGACGACUUCAGCGACUUCUCUGUUGGAGACCUGUUCGAGUUGCUCUUUGAUAUUCUAACGGCGCUCCUUGAGAAUAGCCGGAAGCGUGCUGCGACCGACUGCACCCUUGAUGUCACUGUUGACGGUGAGAGCGUCUACUCAAAUGGUCUCUCCACCGGCUCUAGCUCCGAGCGCACCGAUAGUACUCCUUCCACUGGUAACGCCCCCAACGUUAAGUUUGUCCAGUCAUGUGGUGCUACCGGUGCUCGUCUCGAAGUCUCCAACCUUGCUAUCGGUCCCCCUGGUUCCAGCAACCCUGGUGGCGGCGACGGCGGCGGCAGCGAGACUGGCACUGACACCACUGGUACUGCUGAGCCUACCAACACCAACUCUGAGGGCGCUACCACCAACUCCGAGGGCCAGACCAUCGAGCCUACUGGCACCGAGACUGGCGCUGCUACCAACUCUGAGGGUGCCACCACCAACAGCGAGGGCCAGACCAUCGAGCCUACUGGAACUGAGACCGAGACUGCUGCUACCAACUCCGAGGGUGCUACCACCAACUCUGAGGGUGAGACUAUCCAGCCCACUGGCACCGAGACCGGCACCGAGACUGGUACUGAGACCGGUACUGAGGCCACUUCUUCUGCUACAUCUGCUCCUGGCUUCCCCGGAUCCAUCCUCGACUUUGCUUUCUUCGGCUGUGUCGGUUCCACCGAGGGCUUCCCUACCUUCGAGCUCCUUCAAAGCUCUGGCUCCAUGGAUCUCAACCUCUGCGCCAGCCUUGCCGAGGGCCGUGCUUACUUUGGUGUCCACGAUGAGGACUGCUAUGCCGGUGACGAGAUUGACGGCGACAAGACCAGCCGUGUCGACUCCGACCAGUGUGAUAUUGAGUGCCCCGGUGACGACUCUGAGUUCUGUGGUGGUGAUGCUCCUCUUACUCGCCGCAGCCGCAUCCAGGCCCGCCAGGCUAUCCCCAACACCAUCCGCCUCACUGUCUACGUCGCUGUCAACGGCCCUGAUGUUACUGUCACCGAUGUCCUCACUGCUACUGUCACUGAUCAGUCUACCCUGACCACCACCUUCACCACCACCAUCUCCGAUGCCACUGCCACUACCACCCAGACCGUCACUGCCAUCUACGUCUGCUCCAACGGCAAGUGCUACCCCGAGAACGACAACGGUUCCAAGGUUGUCUACAUCUUCGUUGGUUACCCCGGUGAGGACUGCGACGGCGAGCUCGUCUACAUCUCUGAGGCCUGCUCUUGCCAGGGUGGAUCUCAAUACGUCCCCAAGUACUGCUCCAACGGCAGCUGCCACGGUCUCACUGUCUACAAGCCUGAGGAGUGCAAGGACUGGUACAACCACGACAACUUCUUUGUCCCCGCUAACUGCGACGUCUGCGAGCACGGUGACAUCGUCUACAAGCCUUGGGAGAACUCCUGGGGUACCCCCGCUGAGUGCCACGAGGCUGAGGUCCCCAGCUGCACCAAGGAUACCUGCCCUACCAACGGCGGUGGCUCCAAGGGAGGCAACGGCGGUAACGGUGGCAUGGGCGGUAACGGCGGAAAGGGUGGAAACGGAGGAAACGGCGGCAACGGAGGCAACGGAGGCAAUGGAGGAAACGGCGGCAAUGGAGGCAACGGUGGAAACGGAGGCAAUGGCGGCUCCGGCUCCCACGGUGGCUCCGGCUCUAACGGUGGUUCCGGUUCCAACGGCGGAUCUGGCUCUAACGGUGGUUCCGGUUCCAACGGUGGCUCUGGUUCCAACGGCGGAUCUGGCUCCGAGGGCUCUGGCUCCAAGGGCAGCUCCGGCUCCGAGGGCUCUGGCUCCAAGGGCGAGAGCGGCUCCAGCUGCGAGGGUGACCACUGUGUCCCCGUCACUGUCAGCAGCGCUGGCAAGCAGGCCAUCAGCGCCCUUGCUCUCCUCGCUGCUGUUGCCGCUCUUCUCUAAGCGAAUUUCAUACACCGCUGAGAGUUUCUGAUCUUGUUUGCCUUCGUUUCUGGUUUUCUCUUUGGGAAGAUCCGCUAUGCAAAUGGUGGCAUUAUCUUGUGCCACUGACUUUGUAGUUAGACUUAAUGCAGUUUCAAUUCUACUUGGGUUUAGGGGAAUAGCCUAUCUGUAGUCAACUAAUAAUGACGCUCUUUUUGCUUUCAACUAUCAUUACUUGCCUAGUGGCUUCAAACUUGUUGACAAUCAUGUCGCUCAGUUAUUUCUUUGGACUUUGGUUGCUCCGGAUGAUGCUUGGUAUGCUCUGUUCCACCUGACUCCUGCCUUGUUUAUGUCUCAGUCAGCGCAAUGCGGAUGACGAACUUUGAAACAUAUAAAGAAUGUGACUCUCCUUGUGGAUGCUGCGUGAGUUGCGCAGCCAUGUUAAUCACCUAGCCCUGGGGAGCAAGGGAAUAUGAGACUUUGGAAGAGGAUGCUAAAAUAAGCCCAGUAAAGAGCCCCUUUAGACUUGAGGUAAAUUGCCCAAGUCUUUUUUAUCACUUAGCACAGAGUUCCUCAGGUUUCUUGCCUCUCUCUGCCUUAGUUACUCUAAACGAAGCCUGGCAAGGCAAGAAUGCAGUUUGUGUCGAUCUAGCUUUCAAAAACAUGUGAAGCGACUUACACACUACACUCACUCCUCAUGCAUACAUAACAGGU